GCCCGCGCAAACUCCGCGCCUUCUUCCCCGCGCUCCCUUUCCCGCGCUCCCCACCCCGGGGAAAAACUUCGCCCCAACUCGACCCUAUGGAUACGGCAGCCCCCGGCCCGGCUCCGGCGGGACCUCUCCUCCUGCUCCUCCUCCUCCUCCUCCUCUUCUCCACCGUGCCUCUUCUGGAGUCGGUCGGAGCCCAGUUCUCGGCCGGGGGCUGCACCUUUGAGGAUGGUCCAGGAGCCUGUGACUACCACCAGGAUCCCUAUGAUGACUUUGACUGGGUUCAUGUUAGUGCUCAAGAACCCCUCUAUUUGCCCCCUGAGAUGCCUCAAGGAUCGUACAUGAUCGUGGAUGCCUCAGAUCACGACCCUGGAGAAAAAGCCCGACUUCAGCUUCCGACAAUGAAAGAGAAUGACACUCACUGCAUUGACUUCAGCUACCUGCUGUAUGGCCAGCAGGGACUGAAUCCCGGAACUCUGAACAUCCUGGUGCGGGUGAAUAAGGGUCCUCUGGCUAAUCCGAUUUGGAACGUGACUGGCUCUACGGGCAGAGAGUGGCUCCGGGCUGAACUGGCUGUCAGCACCUUCUGGCCUAACGAGUACCAGGUAAUAUUUGAAGCCGAAGUCUCCGAUGGGAGGUUGGGCUACAUUGCCAUCGAUGACAUCCAAGUACUCAGUUACCCCUGUGAUAAAUCUCCACAUUUCUUGAGGCUGGGGGAUGUGGAGGUCAAUGCAGGCCAAAAUGCUACGUUUCAGUGCAUUGCUACUGGAAGAGAUGCGGUGAACAACAAACUAUGGUUGCAGAGGCGAAAUGGAGAAGACAUUCCAGUGGCCCAGACCAAAAAUAUCAAUCAUAGAAGAUUUGCUGCUUCCUUCAGAUUGCAAGAAGUGACCCAAACUGAUCAGGAUCUCUACCGCUGUGUCACUCAGUCUGAGAGAGGUUCUGGAGUGUCCAAUUUUGCUCAACUUAUUGUACGAGAACCACCUCGACCGAUAGCUCCCCCGCAGCUGCUUGGUGUGGGACCCACCUAUUUGCUGAUUCAGCUGAAUGCCAACUCCAUCAUUGGCGAUGGGCCGAUUAUCCUGAAGGAAGUGGAGUAUCGUAUGACCUCGGGAUCCUGGACUGAGACCCACGCGGUCAACGCGCCCACGUAUAAACUGUGGCACUUAGACCCAGACACCGAAUAUGAGAUCCGAGUCCUGCUCACAAGGCCCGGUGAAGGGGGGACAGGACGGCCCGGCCCACCCCUCAUCACCAGAACCAAAUGCGCAGAGCCCAUGAGAACUCCCAAAACGUUGAAGAUUGCUGAGAUUCAGGCAAGGCGCAUCGCAGUGGAUUGGGAAUCGUUGGGCUACAACAUCACACGCUGCCACACGUUCAAUGUCACGAUCUGCUAUCAUUACUUCCGGGGCCCCAACGAGAGCAAGGCCGACUGUUUGGACAUGGACCCCAAAGCACCCCAGCAUGUUGUGAAUCAUCUGCCGCCUUACACCAACGUCAGCCUCAAGAUGAUUCUUACCAAUCCGGAAGGGAGAAAGGAGAGCGAGGAGACAAUUAUUCAAACAGAUGAAGAUGUGCCUGGCCCUGUACCAGCAAAAUCUCUUAAAGGGACUUCAUUUGAAAACAAGAUCUUCUUGAAUUGGAAGGAACCUUUAGAUCCAAAUGGUGUCAUCACCCAAUAUGAGGUCAGCUACAGCAGUAUAAGGUCCUUUGAUCCUGCAGUGCUUGUGGCUGGGCCACCCCAGACAGUGUCGAAUCUCUGGAACAGUACCCAUCAUGUCUUUCUACAUCUGCACUCUGGGACUACCUAUCAGUUCUUCAUAAGAGCCAGUACGGUCAAAGGGUUUGGGCCAGCCACAGCCAUCAACGUGACAACCAAUAUCUCAGCCCCCACUCUACCGGACUAUGAAGGAGUUGAUGCAUCUCUCAAUGAAACAGCCACCACAAUAACUGUCUUACUGAGACCAGCCCAGGCCAAAGGAGCACCCAUCAGUGCCUAUCAGAUUGUCGUAGAAGAACUCCACCCACACCGAACCAAGCGGGAAACCGGCACGAUGGAGUGCUACCAAGUUCCGGUCACCUACCAGAGCGCCAUGAGUGGGGGAUCGCCGUAUUAUUUUGCAGCUGAACUGCCCCCCAAUAACCUCCCCGAACCGGCCCCAUUCACCGUGGGGGACAACAGAACCUAUCAGGGAUUUUGGAACCCCCCUCUGGCCCCCCGGAAAGGAUACAACAUCUAUUUCCAGGCAAUGAGCAGUGUGGAGAAGGAAACUAAAACCCAGUGUGUGAGAAUAGCUACUAAAGCAGCAGCAACAGAAGAGCCAGAGGUAAUUCCAGAUCCAGCCAAGCAGACUGAUCGAGUGGUGAAAAUAGCAGGAAUUAGUGCUGGGAUCCUGGUAUUCAUUCUGCUCCUCCUAGUUGUCAUAUUAAUUGUCAAAAAGAGGAGGACCUACUAUUCUUACUCCUACUACCUCAAGCUGGCUAAGAAACGCAAGGACGCCAUGGGGAAUACCCGGCAAGAGAUGACCCACAUGGUGAAUGCCAUGGAUCGGAGUUAUGCAGAUCAGAGCACUCUUCAUGCAGAAGACCCACUCUCCAUCACUUUCAUGGACUCGCAUAACUUCAGCCCAAGGUUGACCAAUGAUCCCCUUGUGCCGACUGCCGUGUUAGUCCCUAUUACUGAUGAAAACCACAGUGCUUCGGCUGAGUCUAGCCGUCUGCUGGAUGUUCCCCGUUACCUCUGUGAGGGGGCCGAGUCCCCCUACCAGACAGGCCAGCUGCAUCCCGCCAUCAGAGUAGCUGACCUGCUCCAGCACAUCAACCUCAUGAAGACUUCCGAUAGCUACGGCUUUAAAGAAGAGUAUGAGAGCUUCUUUGAGGGGCAGUCAGCGUCUUGGGAUGUAGCUAAGAAAGACCAAAACAGAACAAAGAACCGAUACGGAAAUAUUAUAGCAUAUGACCACUCCAGAGUCAUCUUGCAGCCCGUGGAGGAUGAUCCUUCUUCAGAUUACAUCAACGCCAACUAUAUAGAUAUUUGGCUGUACAGGGAUGGCUAUCAAAGACCAAGCCACUAUAUCGCAACCCAGGGCCCAGUCCAUGAAACCGUGUAUGAUUUCUGGAGAAUGAUCUGGCAGGAGCAGUCCGCGUGUGUCGUGAUGGUUACCAAUUUAGUCGAGGUGGGACGGGUGAAGUGUUACAAGUACUGGCCCGAUGAUACAGAGGUUUACGGAGAUUUCAAAGUUAGUUGCGUAGAAAUGGAGCCCCUCGCAGAAUACGUGGUCAGGACCUUCACUCUGGAAAGGAGAGGCUACAACGAAAUUCGUGAAGUGAAACAGUUCCAUUUCACCGGCUGGCCGGAUCACGGAGUGCCAUAUCACGCCACUGGGCUCCUGUCGUUCAUUCGCCGGGUGAAGCUCUCUAACCCACCAAGUGCUGGACCAAUUGUUGUACACUGCAGUGCCGGUGCCGGCCGAACUGGCUGUUACAUUGUGAUCGACAUCAUGCUGGACAUGGCAGAAAGAGAGGGAGUUGUAGACAUUUACAACUGUGUCAAAGCACUACGAUCUCGUCGUAUCAACAUGGUCCAGACAGAGGAGCAAUACAUUUUUAUUCACGAUGCUAUCUUGGAAGCUUGCUUAUGUGGAGAAACUGCCAUUCCUGUCUGCGAAUUCAAAGCUACAUAUUUUGAUAUGAUUAGAAUAGACUCUCAGACUAACUCAUCACACCUUAAAGAUGAAUUUCAGACCUUGAAUUCGGUCACCCCUCGCCUCCAAGCAGAAGACUGCAGUAUAGCCUGCCUUCCAAGGAACCAUGACAAGAACCGUUUCAUGGAUAUGCUGCCUCCUGACAGAUGCCUACCCUUCUUAAUUACUAUUGAUGGAGAAAGCAGCAACUACAUCAAUGCUGCACUUAUGGAUAGCUACAGACAACCAGCUGCUUUCAUUGUCACGCAAUAUCCUUUGCCAAACACUGUGAAAGAUUUCUGGAGAUUAGUGUAUGAUUAUGGCUGUACUUCCAUCGUGAUGUUAAAUGAAGUCGACUUGACUCAGGGCUGUCCCCAGUAUUGGCCCGAAGAAGGAACACUACGAUAUGGGCCUAUUCAAGUGGAAUGUAUGUCCUGUGCAAUGGAUUGUGAUGUCAUCAACAGAAUCUUUAGGAUAUGCAAUCUAACAAGACCCCAGGAAGGGUACCUGAUGGUGCAGCAGUUUCAGUAUUUAGGAUGGGCAUCUCACCGAGAAGUUCCGGGCUCCAAAAGGUCAUUCCUGAAACUGAUUCUCCAGGUUGAAAAGUGGCAAGAGGAGUGUGAAGAAGGGGAAGGUCGGACCAUCAUCCAUUGCCUAAAUGGUGGCGGGAGGAGCGGAAUGUUCUGUGCCAUUGGCAUCGUCGUGGAAAUGGUGAAAAGACAAAACGUAGUGGAUGUUUUCCACGCGGUCAAGACCUUACGGAACAGUAAACCCAAUAUGGUAGAAGCCCCGGAGCAGUACCGUUUCUGCUAUGACGUGGCUUUGGAGUAUCUUGAGUCAUCCUAGUUGGAAUGGAUACACAAAAGCGAAUCAAACUGAAGCCUGUUCAGCUGUUCACACAGUGUCUGCUAUUCCCGAAAGUACCCUUGAAAAGAGAUUUUAGUGGGGGACGAGGGAGGGGGGGUUAAACUUUUAAAUUUUAAAUGCAAAAGUAUUUUUCUUAUGAAGUUGUGUAUCUUAAUAAAAUGACUCAAUCUGUUUCUAUGCCUGUAUACAGUUGUCAACACUUAGUGCCACAUAAAUUAGACUUCACGAGACCCGGAGGCUACAGGAUCGGCACAAAUUAGGGACUCUUCGGUGGUUGUCCAGUAGAUAGGCAGCUGUCUCUCUCCAGAUCCCAUUAGCUCCGCACCACCACCUGUUGCAUGAAUCAGUAUUUCCUACGUGGCAUCCCCCCCUCCUUUUUUGAUAAAAGAUGUUUAAGCCGCAAAAGAAAAGCCUGUGCAAAUUGAGAGUAAAAUCCAUUCUUUCUGCAUUUUUCCACUGUAGCAGAUCUAUAUAAAUAUAUAAAUAUAUAUCACUGGCUUAUUUUGUUUUAAUGUGCAAUGAUGGCUGGAUCACAUAAAGCUCUUUUACAAGAAACGAAACAUAAGCCAAAGACUCAAGUGUAAAUAUGUCUAUAUGGAAAAAACACAUUGUAUUUAUUGGUUCCUUGCAUUCCUUUUUGAUGGCUGAAAAAACCCCACAAUCAUUUUUCUUGAAGAAAGCUUUUUUUUUGCCAAAAUCAAGUGUUAACGAUUUUUGUAGUUUAUUUUUGGUAUGUUUUAGUGUAAGCAGGAGAAAUUUUUUUGUCGAUUUUUAUGCCUAGACCAGAAGACAUUGUUAUAGUGAUUUUGUUGUGAACAUGCUUGUGGAAUAAAUUCAUGGAAAUGACUUGGCUGUAAGGUCUUCUAACUGGGACCAAAUGCAAACAUUUUGUUGAAAGAAAAAAUGUAUAGUUUUUCACAGCUGCAGUAGUUCAGUGUUGAUCAAAUGAUUAUUUGAGAACAGCACCCUUCCAAAUAACCUUGCUUAUGACUUGCACAAUGAUGAAAAUUGUCUCUGAGCACCAUUUCAGAUCAUGUUCAUCUCUACUCAAAGCACAGAUCGCAGUCACAAGAUGCCAAGAGUCAUCCUUGUGGGGUAAGGAAAGUUUAAGCACAUCGUAACGUGCCGGUGAUGUCUAUUUUAAUGUUUACACUCAUAUAAAGGUUUGGACUCACACAGCGUGAAAUUGGAAUAAAUUCCUAAUAAAUCCAGGUCCAAUUUCAGUUAGGUCCAUUGUCACUUGUCUAAUGGUGGACUUCUCUCAAUGUCAUCUUCGUCAUGUGUUCCACGUCAGUGUUCAGCAUCACAUCAUGAUUUCUCUUGCAGUGCGUCGAUGACUUCAGCAUUCCGCUCUUCCCACUUUUGAUUGACAGUACAUGACAAGGUGCUUACAAAACUUUAAUGUAAAGUAAGAAUGAAUUAAAAACUUUUUUAUAAUAAACA